AUGGCUGCUGCUUGCAAUAAAUGUUCAUCACCAGUCAACGGGAUUGAAAAAGUUGCCUGUCGCGGUGCGUGCGGAUCAGUAUUUCACCGUACUUGUAUCCCUGGCCUACAAAGAACAGCUUUAGAUGUGAUAGCGGCCUUUGCCAAUAAUCUGUUUUGGUUGUGCGACGAUUGUGCGAGCCGCUUCAACGAGUGGCUGUACCUCCCCGCCCCGGCCGUCCACGCUGUGGACAACAGCAAUUUGUGCGCAGCUGUUGAUAAGUUAAAUGCUGUUGUUGCUGAUCUCUCAGAUCGGAUAGAAAAACACUUUCCGUGCGGUCCAUUAACAUCUGUUCAGAGACCACUAUUUUCGCAAAUGCUGUCUGUGGAACAGCCUACACCAAAACGUCGUCGUGAAGGCAGUUUUAAAGCGCGCACUCCUGCGGCGGCUGUCUGCGGUACCAGAUGCAUUCAACGUGAAAUCAAAACAGUCCCCGACGAGAGGCAACAGUUCUGGAUCUAUUUGAGCCGGCUCGAUCCCAGCCACACCGUCGAUGAAAUCGUCACAAUGGCUCAAGAAUGUCUGGGAAUGAACGAUGCACCGAAAGCUUUCCUGUUGGUAAAGAAGGAUGCUGAUGUUUCGAAACUAAAUUUUGUUUCGUUUCGUGUGGAGGUGCCUAAUGGGCUGAAGGACCUGGCUUUAACUGCAUCUACCUGGCCCGUCGGUGUUAUGGUUCGUGAAUUUAAUUUUGAACAGGCUCGGCCGGAUAGAUUUCGGCAAUAUUAUUGGAACUACAUCUAA